UACAAUAAAAGGCGAACAAGAUUCAAAAGAUAAACUCCUCCUUUAACUACGACUUCAAACAGGUGAAGAAAAACCUUAAAUGAAUAUGAAAUAAGAAUAACAGAAUAAAGCGGACGCUGCUCAAGUGUGAAGUGAAUGCCGUAAAUGGGCGUGACAGCUGCUGCACAACAACAACAACACAACGGAUCUGCUUCCGGUUUCUGGAUGUAGCUGUCAGACACCAGCAUUGUAUUAUUUGAGAAUCGCUUCAUCAGCAGUGUUAGUAUGAGCGAAGGAGAGGUGUUUCAUGAGAAGCAACGAUUGGAGCUGUGCGCGAUUCAUGCACUGAACAACGUCCUCCAGGAGCGGGUGUUCACCAAAGAGACAGCCGAUGACAUCUGCAAAAGACUGGCUCCACAGUGUGUGGUGAACCCUCAUCGCUCAGUGUUAGGCACUGGGAAUUAUGACGUCAACGUCAUCAUGGCGGCACUACAGAGCCGGGAACUGGCUGCAGUGUGGUGGGACAAACGCAGGACGGUUCAGAGCCUUUGCAUGUCAAAGGUCCAGGGUUUCAUUCUUAAUGUCCCAUCACGGGUAUCUCUUGGAAUCGUCUCCCUCCCACUCCGACGGCGGCACUGGCUCGCAGUUCGGCAAGUUAAUGGUCAAUAUUACAACUUGGACUCCAAACUGAAGAGUCCUGCCUGUAUUGGAGGAGAAGCAGAACUACGCACGUUUCUCAGUGAGCAGCUUUCUCAGGACGUGGCCGAGAUGCUCCUGGUCGUCCAGCGGGAAGUGGAGGAGGAUGGCUCGUGGCUGAACUCUGAUAACCCCAAGAAGUGAUAACUUGUGACAGGACAAAGCAUGGGAACGGAAAAAAAACUCCUCUGGGAAAAUAUGACUUCUCUUUUUUCUUUUUUUUUACAAAACUGAAACCUCAUGACAGAAAAGUCUUCAGGGAAUCCAUUAAAAUCCAUUCAGUAUCUACACUCAGACUCAGAGAAGAAAUUCCAAAGAGAAGCAGAGACAUUUGUUUACUCCUGACAUGAAGAACUGUUUUGAUUGUAAAAGCUAUAAAAGCUACAAUUGCUUGGAUGUGACUUAUGUGUCUGCGUAGUCCUACUAUUGUUCAUUUGUUUGAACUCUGGGUAGCUAAUAUAGUCUGAGCUAAAUGUGCGCAAGUUUGAUGAUAGCUGGAUUUAGACAUGACUGAUUUCUCACCGUUUUGUGCAUGAACAAACAUCUGCAAAAAGAAAGUUAACUUUGAUAACUAAAAUCAGAUGAGUAUGGUUUAGCAGAAUUUUCCACCUAAAAUAUCCUUGUCCUAGAUUUUUACAUUCAGGUUUGCCAAAUUCAGAUCAGUGUGUACGUGCAGGAUGGUUGUGUCAAACUGGAACAGUUAUGAAGCAGAAACAGAGUGGACCAUCUUUCCCCCCCCCAAGACCUUUUCUCUGAACCUUCUAUGCACUACAUAGUAAAAUGUGUUAGCACUAUUUGUCUUUUUGUGCACCUGUAAAGGCAUCACCUGGCGAGGUAUUGAAGAACUACCAGUGUUUUUGCAUGUUUUCAUGUUUUCACUACAACCUUCUGAACAUUUUUCAUAGCCUGCCAUAUUUGGGGUUUUUAUACGUGUUACUUCUUGGCAGUCUUUGUUUUCCUUUCACUAAGCUUCAGGGGUUAGCAGAGGUUUCAAAUUUUCUUGAGAUCGACAAUCCAUCCCAAAGCCAGGAAUAUAAAUAACACUAUUUUAGAUCAAUGGUAAUGAGUCAAACAUGCAAAAACACUGGUUUCUAUGACUGUAAGUUUAAUGUUUGUGUUGUGUCUCUCCUUUAUAUUCUAUGCAUAUCCGAAUAGGAAUACUCUGGUAUACACUAGUGACCUACUUAUACAUAAACCUAUUGAAGCUUAUUUAUAUUAAAGUUUGACCUCCUGUUUUAAGUUCA